UGGCUGGAGAGACGAGAUCGAGAGGGUGGAAGGGAGGGAUCGUUGCUGGCUCGCGAACGAGAGAGAGAGAGAGAGGGAGCGAGCAUAACUCGUGAUGCCUCCUCCGCCAGAUUUCAUAAUCCAGGCGGCCCUCCUGUUACUCGCCGUAAUUUUCUUAUUCGUUCUCCAAACCGUCCCCAAGCGCGUCUUUGCUAACCUGCGCCGGAGGGGCCGCUCCACCCUCCAGGCCAAGCGCCACUUCGUUGCUGGGGCCCAGCUCCUGGCCCGGGCCCGCUCCUCACCCAACCCCACCACCUCCUUCUCCCUCGCCAAAUCCGCCUCUGCCGAAGCCGAUCUCGCCCUCUCCUUUGAUCCCAAAGACGCCGCGGCUCACAUCCUCAAAUCCCUAGCCCUCCAUCUCAUGGGCCACAAAUCCUCCGCCCUCCGUUCACUCGACACCGCCCUCUCCCCUCCCUCUUCCAAAUCUCUCUCCGAUGCCGAGCGCGCCGACGCCCUCGUCAAGCGUGCUGAGCUCCAGAUCGAAGUCAACCGCCGCCGUCGGACCGAUGCUGCUGUUUCCGACCUUGUCGAGGCCAUCGGGCUCACCAGCGGGAAUUUGAAGGCGUACUGCCUGCUCGGGAGCUGCUAUGAGCACAAGGGGAUGAAAGAGGAAGCAAGAGAGGCGUAUGAGUCAGCGGUCAGGAUCGACGAGACAUCCACGUUGGCCUGUGAUGGACUGAAGCGGCUGGCAUCGGAUUAGCGGCUUUUUCCGAACAGAUCUUUCAGGUGGGGCACACCAUCAACAUGGUCGAUUCCGUUCUUUAUGUGGGCCACCUUUGUAUGAUGAAAUUGGAUGAUUUGAGUGGGCGGAUCGACUCAAUUUUUGUCAUGGCGGAUAUUCAUGGUGGGGCCUAUCUGAUGAAUGGCCCGGGUCUCUUGUCGGAUUGUGCUGCCUGGGCACCUUUUCAAUCUCCAUUAGCAUGAAUUGCCUGCUGAUUUUUAUUUUUGUUAAGGGUAGCUUGGAUGCCUGUAAAAGUUUUAAGGUGUAAAGUGUUUACAGUCUCUUUUAUUUGGCUUUAAGUGGUAAAGUGUUUAUAAGUAA